AUGUGGCGCCGCAUGCAGGAGACGGAGCGCAGGCCCAAGCAGAUGCUCGCCUUCCUCCUCAAGGUCGUCGGCGACGCCGCCGCACCGGACAACGGGUUCACCUCCGGCGGCGAUGCUGCCGAGCCGCCCUCCGCCGCGGAGGGCAGCGAGAAGCGGGCCAGGCUGCUGCUCGGCGGUGACAACAUGGUGGCGCUCGGCCCCGAGGCUGUCGACUUCGCCGGGUUCUACAGCAGCAGCGGCGUGUUCGGCGACGUUGCCGUGGAUGCUGCCGUGGGAUCUGCCGGUGGCGGGUGCUCGUUUGCGUUCGGCGGCGGGUCGGGAUGUGGUGCCGCCCUGCUGGGAGGUGCUGCCGGCGACCUGUGGCUUGGAGAUGGUGCCGACCUGCUGGGAGGUGGCCAUGGCCGGCUGGAACUGCAGGGCUAG